AUGGUUUCAGACAUUGAUACACGUUUGUCCUACCGGACCGGAUGGCCUAUAUUACCUGCCUUACCUGUUAUACAUACUGACUUGGAUUGGUCAGACUACCCAGACCUACAGAGGGAAAUUUGGGCAAUUCUAAUAAAUAAUCAGGUUGAUGCAGCAUCAGGAGUUAUGAUUUGCACCCGCUCAAAUAUGGGUGUACCGGAGUCAGAUCGGAAACCUACGAUUUUCAUAAUCGUAGGCGCGCAACGGGAUGAUGAAGCAUCUAGAGUUCAGGCUGUAAGGGACAUCAAAAAUCUCUUGCAAUCACGAGGUAUUGAGCUUGCAGUGGAGCUUUACGCUAACGGGCAAUAUAUUGUAGACGAUUCAACUUUUCCAAUACGAUCUACGGAUACAGAUCUACUGCAGUGGUGGGAACUCAAUAUACCCUUACUGGUGGACACCAUCAGCCCGCACAAUUGGCUAUCGAUAGACUUCAUACUUCGGGGAUCCGAAAAGCGACCUACGGUUUUCAUUUCUGCAGACGAUGCGAAUGACUGGCCUUGGUGGAUCGAGACGAUCCCUUUUCUCCGCGACCACAUCCCCCCUCAUAUCGAUAUCGAGUUGAAAUACAUGAAACACUUGGAUAGCGGUGAGGAUGAUGUAAAAUUAACCGGAGAUAAAACGAUUCCAACGGACGACUACGAAUGUGCCAUCCAAAUGGGAGCAUCAUGCGGAAUUUCAGGGCACCCAAAUUCAGGCGUUGUUGGUGGUUUUGUUAAAUUAGAGAAAGAUGGACGGGAUCUAGGCCACUUUGCACUCACAAAUCAGCAUGUUCUACCCAAAGAGGUCCUUACCGGGGAAGAAGAAUUCACCAACAGCGAUGGUUUCAAGGAGCACAUCACAGAUCGACCCAGACUACUACCUGUUGUAAGUCCGUCCGAUUUUGAUCAUAAUUUGAAGGUUCAAGAGCUUGAAGGCCGCAUAGAGAGCACCAAAUAUCUCGUUGACAAUGAGGAUGAAAUCAGGGCAUGGGGCGAACGAAGACAAGAGAUUAUUAUAGAGAAUUCCUAUAAUUUAGUCCAGCUUCGUCGGGAGCUCGGCACCGUGUCAUCUUUGAUGCGGAACGUCGGUCAGAUAUAUGAGGCCGAGCUUACAACAUCCAUGAAUGAGCAAUUCGUGCGACGAUGGAAAGAGUCAUUUGUCCCAGGAGAGGUCACUCAAUACCCAUGGGUACUAGACUGGGGUUUGAUCCAAUUUGACCGUCAUAUACAACCUUGCACGGAUAUACCGGAAUCGGGGGAGAACUACGAGAAUUUGAUCUCUGAGUACUGCAGUCUUGAACCCCGAACCAACUACAACGUCGUCCAGUAUGGCCGAACGUCAACCUGGAGGCAGGGUGUGGUAUCUGCAGCUGUCUCAGUGCUCAACAGCAAGAACCUACGUGGGAAAUGCAGUAAGGACAAAACCCCCGGGAUCCCAGUUUUGUGCCACAGCAUCGUAGUCGAAAAGACUAAUAAUGCCGAGACUAAGGAUCCGUAUACGUUUCUAAGUCCAUUCGACUCUGGAUGUUGGGUGUUUCUCAACGAGCGCGUUAAGAACCCACAAAUACUGGGCUCCGGGUUGGGUUGCAACCCUGGUAGUCGCGUCUCGUACAUGAUGCCCAUGGAUUGCAUUAUCCGUCGGAUCGAAGACAGCACGGGUGCAAAGGUCAUUGAACCACGGAAAGGGCCUCCAAAAGCCAAUUAA